CCUUCUCACCCUCCUUCUCGAGAGUUAGCUGAGAAUCAUCCUGAGACAGUGGUAAUGGCGGGCCCAGCGGCGUCGUUGAGGUUCACGGUGAGGAGGAAGGCGGCCGAGCUGGUGACGCCGGCGGGGCCGACGCCCCGGGAGCUGAAGCGUCUCUCGGACAUCGACGACCAGGACGGCCUGCGGUUCCACAUCCCCAUCAUCCAGUUCUACCGGCGCGACGCGUCCAUGGGCGGCAGGGACCCCGCGGCGGUGGUACGGGACGCCGUGGCCAGGGCGCUCGUGCACUACUACCCGUUCGCCGGCCGGCUGAGGGAGCUCGAAGGGCGCAAGCUCGCCGUCGACUGCACUGGCGAGGGCGUGCUUUUCAUUGAGGCCGAUGCCGACGUGCGUCUGGAGCACUUCGGCGACGCUCUGCAGCCGCCCUUCCCGGGACUCGAGGAGCUCAUCUUCGACGUCCCUGGCUCGUCCGAAGUCCUCGGAACCCCGCUCCUCCUCUUUCAGGUGACACGCCUGGCGUGUGGAGGCUUCAUCCUGGCGGUGCGGCUGAUGCACACGAUGGCGGACGCGCAGGGGCUGGUGCAGUUCCUGGCCGCCGUGGCGGAGCUGGCGCGAGGCGCGGCGGCGCCGUCGCUGCGGCCGGUGUGGGAGCGGGAGCUGCUGGAGGCGCGGAACCCGCCGCGCCCUGGCUUCGCGCACCGGGAGUACGACGAGGUGCCGGACACCAAGGGCACCAUCGUGCCGCUCGACGAGAUGGCGCACCGCUCCUUCUUCUUCGGGGCCCGGGAGGUCGCCGCCAUCCGGUCCCACCUGGCGCCGGGCCUCCGGAAGCGCGCCACCACGUUCGAGGUCCUCACGGGAAGCCUGUGGAAGUGCCGCACCGUGGCGCUGGCCCCGGACGCCGACGAGGUGAUGCGGAUGAUCUGCAUCGUCAACGCCCGCGGCGGCAAGCAGGGCGGCGCGAGCGCAAUCCCGGCCGGCUACUACGGGAACGCGUUCGCCUUCCCGGUGGCCGUGUCGGCCUCCGGCGACCUGUGCGCGAACCCCCUGACCUACGCCGUGAAGCUGGUGAAGGAGGCCAAGUCGGAGGUGGACGUGGAGUACCUGCGGUCGGUGGCGGACCUGAUGGUGCAGCGCGGGCGGCCGCACUUCACGGUGGUGCGCGCGUACCUGGCGUCGGACGUGACCAAGGCCGGUUUCGGCGACCUGGACUUCGGGUGGGGCAGGCCGGUGUACGGCGGGCCGGCGAAGGGCGGCGUGGGCGCCAUCCCCGGGGUGGCCAGCUUCCUGAUCCCGUUCAAGAACGGCAAGGGCGAGGACGGCAUCGUGAUCCCCAUGUGCCUGCCUGGCCCCGCCAUGGACAAGUUCGUGGAGGAGAUGGGCAAGCUGCUGCGCCCGGCCGUCGACGUCCCCGACAUGUUUCCCGCCAUGAUCAAAUCUGCGCUCUGAAUCAGCGAGCGCGCGCGUGCGCUGUCCCAUCGUCCGUUUCGCUGUCCGUAAUUAGUACCCGGUUAUUUUUUUUAGAAAAAGAGGAUAACCUGGCCUCUACAUCUGGGAGAUGCAUGCGGCCACUUUAUUGAUUAUUCUCGAGAACCUUACAAAGUAUUACAACAAUAUGCCUGAAACCGCCAUCUUGGCAUCAUAUGCCACUACUCCUAUCAUAUGAUGAAGGGGCGCUAGCUGGGCCAAAUACCCAGUCCACUCACCUAUGCCUAUCAUCAAAAGCCAGAAGCCCCAGCCGAGCCACAUACCGGGUCUGGGGCAUGAACUGAUCUGACGCACUCACAUGUGUCGUCGCCGCCAUCUUUCACUGGUCCGUCUUCAGAGCAGAUAUUGAGGCUUCUACCUUGUCAGGCCACUCUGCCAUCGACGCCAGCAACCCCCUCCUGCGUGAGUCCAGCACCGCGCAUCGGGCACCGAGUCUCCACUGCACCACGCCGCCGAGAUCCGCCGUCAUCAAUGUGCAGGAUGAAUCACCGCU